GACCAAAAAUACUUGGUAAGAUUUCGUGUUUUUGCAGUGUUGAAGACUAGAGUGGAAUGUCCCUGUUUUGAUCYCUGAGCCAGUCGGUUCUAACUUUUUCCAUGUUGCACAGCGCUCCGUCAUGCUGGGAAAGAUGUUACUCAUCGUGAAACCUUUCCUGCACCAUUUGGUGAAGUUGCUCUUAGAGGAUGUUUUGUUACCAUUCUUUAUUCAAGGCAAAGUGAGUCCACCGACUUCCUCAGACAAGAGGCGACUGUUGAAUGGUCUCAGGAUGCUUCUCUGUUGGGAUGGAACGGGACUCGUGGGAAGAUUCAACCCUUUUUCCAGAUGUCCCUGUCAACGUUUCUUCACUGGAGAAAGUGCCUCUACUUCUAGUCUUCUGCUGUCCAGUUUCAUAAUGUUGAUGUUUUGCUUGGCCAGAACUGGGUCCUGUGCAGCACUUCUUAAAACCAGUCUAAAAGUGAAUGCCUCACUUAUACUUGCUUGAUGACAUUUUUAACAAGUUCUGCACUGUAAGUAAUGAGAAUAACGGAGUGAAGUCAACUUCCUUCUUAAGUCGACUUGAGAACGAUUGUUGAAAAGAUGCUAGCAGGUCAUUUUGCGGCAGGGCCAAAAUUAGAAUUUGGCCCUGUAAUUAACUUUGCAGGUAACUCCAUUUCACCUGAUUGCACUGCACAGCAACCUAAAUUGCUACCAUAAAAAACUUUUUGCCUUGUUAAAAACAAGAUUUGCGUCAGUCUCUCAACGUUUGGCCAUGACUGUAGCUCUGGAUAAAGGCCUCUUAUUGCUGGAAGUUGUUUGGGUCCAGUGAUGCAAUUCCUGGAACCGAGACAAAAAGUAAACUCAUGACUUGAAAUUAAUAGGGCCUUGGAGGGAGUGUUUUGCUGUGUUUUGGAGUUGAAUUAAAGCAAAGGGGAUUUCGCUCCUCCAGCCUUACGCAGAACUGUCAGACGUUUUGUACACUGUAUACAUGCAGUCUGCCAAGUACGUACUGCAGAGGACUGCAAAUGUCAUGAGUCAUCCCUCAUUUUUUUAUGCUGCAUUUUGUAAAGAGCAUAAAGGAUAAAUAUUUAGAGCAGCAUGACUUUAGACUUUCUGAGGUUCUUUUGAUUUUUCUUCUUUCAACUUUGGCUGUUUUUAUUUAUUUAUUUUUUAUUUUUAUUUUAUGUWCAGUUCAGUACGUAUAUUGUUUGCUUCUUAAGCCAACCUAACUCUGACCCACAUUGCUGGUGUGAACUUCACAUACAGCCAUUUUUGAUUUGAAUUUAUUUGUUGUAGACUUUAAAUUUUUUUAAAUUUUUGAGUCAACAGUAUUCAUGCAAGUUCAGAUUUCUACACACACACAAACAUUUGGAUAUAUUYGCAGAAAUUAAAUUKAUUGACUUUCUUUGAGUUGCCAUUUCUGAAGCUUAAUGUAAACCUGCGUUUUCCGUUUCUCAGCUUUUUCAUGUGUUUGCAGUCAUGGCUCUGAUCUAACAUCAAACUACGUCCGAGUUUAAGCCAUGAAGUGAAGUUGAAGAAUUUAUACAUUUUCUUCAUUCAUUUAAUAUUACAUUUAAUUUCCAUUUGAGAUCUAUAAAGUAUUUUUUAGUUUUGAAUUUAAUUGGAGCUUUGUUAACUAUGAAUAUGUUCACAGAUGUUCCUGCAUCUUUCCUUGAGUCUUUGUGUUCCCUGUUUGUUCCUCAACAUUCUGACCUUUUGCUUUACAUCUAAGGGUGACCAUUUGGAUCAAAGGAUUACGAUUUUUGUCUCUAAAAGAUCAAAUAUUCUAAACUCAAGGGGGGUAAGCCUGUGUUUUUUCUACAAAUUGGAUMCUGUAGCUUUUAAUGUGUGUCACUCCCCAGCAGCCUAUCAGUACAGGAAUUUGGAAUUAUCUGCAUCGCCACGCGAACGUCACAUUCUCACAUGGGUAUCACUGGAACCCCGACUGUGGUAUUUGURGAAAAGAAAAUAUGGUGUGUGAUCUCAGAAUUCCUUACAUUCAUCCUUURGAAAAAAUCUGACAGUGAACUGAAUUUACUAUCUGUAGGAAGGCCACCUGCAAGUGGUGGAACAAUACUCCUGAGGUGAAACCUAGAGGAGGGGCUGGGGUGGAAGUGUUUGCUGACUUUCCUCUGCUCUUGGCUCUCUUCCACUGUUGUCCUCUUGUGUUUUUUUUUUUGUUUUUGUAUGGACUUUCCUGCACCAAGGGUCCAGAGAUAAUGACCUCUUAGCAGCAUUAACAGGCCAAAUGAGACCCCUGAGAGACUCUUGCACACAUGAAAAACAGAAGUCCUGUGGAAGUCUAGCCCCUUUGUUCCACUUUUUGCUUGUUUUUUUUUUCCUUUGUGAAUGUGAAACAGAAGAACUUCUCUCAUGACCAAGCCUUUUGGUACUAAACACUGUGUGCUCUUAGCUUGCUUGGGGUGUGGUGGAACAAUUUCACCCUAAAUUACGUCUCUGGAUUACCAUCACCGGAGGUGGAUGAAGGGCGAGUGCGCCUGGUGAUGGAGAGCGCCCUCACAGCCCGGGACAGGGUCGGAGUGCAGGACUUYGUCCUGCUGGAAAACUACAACAGCGAGGCCACCUUCAUAGAGAACCUGCGGAGACGCUUCAGGGAAAACCUCAUCUAUACGUACAUCGGCUCGGUGCUGGUGUCGGUGAACCCAUACAAGGAGCUGGAGAUUUACUCCAAGCAGCAGAUGGAGCGCUACCGAGGUGUCAGCUUCUAUGAAAUAUCUCCUCACAUCUAUGCCAUAUCAGACAACACAUACCGGGCCAUGCGAACAGAGAGGAGGGAUCAGUGUAUCCUCAUCUCAGGUGAGAGUGGGGCAGGUAAGACGGAGGCCUCCAAGAAGAUCCUCCUCUACUUCGCCGUCACCUGCCCCACUAACGACCACAUGGUGACCCUCGGUGACCGUCUGCUGCAGUCCAACCCUGUCCUGGAGGCUUUCGGUAACGCCAAAACACUGAGGAAUGACAACUCCAGCCGCUUUGGGAAAUACAUGGAUAUCCAGUUUGACUUCAAAGGUGCAACAAUGGGUGGUCACAUCCUGAAUUACCUGUUGGAGAAAUCCCGGGUGGUGCACCAGAACCACGGGGAAAGAAAUUUCCACAUCUUCUAUCAGCUCCUCGACGGAGGAGACGACGACCUGCUCAACACACUGAACCUGGAGAGGAACCCUCACAGCUACCGCUACCUGGUUAAAGGAAGCUGUGCAAGAGUCAGCUCCGUAAGUGACAAGAACAACUGGAGAGUUGUGAGGAAGGCCCUGGACGUGAUCGGCUUCACCGCAGAGGAAGUCCAGAAACUGCUGAACAUCGUUGCCAGCGUUCUCCAUCUGGGCAACACUCUCUUCGGGGAAGGGGAGGAAGGAGAAACUUAUAUCACCACUGAGACCCAGCUAUCAAACGCUGCAAAGCUGCUGGGUGUCGAUGGCUCCGCCCUGAAGGAGGCCCUCACUCACAAGAAGCUCACAGCCAAAGGAGAGGAGAUGAUCAGCCCACUAAAUUUUGAGCAGGCCGUCUCGGCCCGUGACGCACUGGCGAAGGCUGUGUACGGCCGGACCUUUAACUGGUUGGUGGAGAAGAUCAACCAGUCGCUCGCGCUAAAGGAGGAAAUCUACCACAGCAGCAAAGACGCCUCGGUCAUUGGGCUUCUGGAUAUCUAUGGUUUUGAGGUCUUGCAGCACAACAGUUUUGAGCAGUUCUGCAUCAACUACUGCAAUGAGAAGCUGCAGCAGCUCUUCAUAGAGCUCACCCUCAGAUCCGAGCAGGAGGAAUAUGAGACAGAAGGAAUUGCUUGGGAGACGGUGCAGUACUUUGACAACAAGAUCAUUUGUGACCUGAUAGAGGAGAAGCACAAAGGCAUCAUCUCCAUYCUGGAUGAGGAGUGCCUGAGACCGGGAGAGACUUGUGAUAUUUCCUUUUUGGAGAAGCUGGAGGACACAGUUGGCGGCCAUCCCCAUUUUAUCACACACAAGUUGGCGAACGGAAAAACUCGCAGGGUAAUGAGCAGGGAGGAGUUCAGGCUGCUGCACUACGCAGGAGAGGUCAACUAUAAUGUCAACGGUUUUCUGGACAAGAACAACGACUUGCUGAACAGGAAUCUAAAAGAGGUCAUGUGCCAGUCAGAAAACCAGAUCCUAAGUCACUGCUUCCGCAGGGAGGAAGUGAUCGACCAGAAACGUCCAGAGAUGGCUGCUUCCCAGUUUAAAAACAGCUUGAUGAAGCUAAUGGAGAUCCUAAUGUCCAAAGAGCCGUCCUACAUUCGCUGUAUCAAACCUAAUGAUGCCAAGCAGCCAGGACGUUUUGAUGAAGUUCUGGUGAGACACCAGGUGAAAUACUUGGGUCUGAUGGAGAACCUGAGAGUCCGGCGCGCUGGCUUCGCCUAUCGCCGUCGCUUUGAGGCGUUCCUGCAGAGGUACAAGCCCCUGUGUCCCGAGACGUGGCCCAACUGGAACGGAAAACUGGCUGAUGGGGUUUCUGCUUUGGUGAACCACCUGGGCUACAAACCAGAAGAGUACAAGCUGGGCAGGUCAAAGAUCUUCAUCCGUUUCCCAAAAACUCUCUUCGCCACGGAGGAUGCCCUCGAGGCAAAAAAGCCAGAGAUCGCUGUGACGCUGCAGAAGUCUUGGAGAGGCUACAGGGAAAGAGCCAAUUAUCAGCGCAUCAGACAUGCAGUGAUCGUGAUCCAGUCUGGGUGGCGAGGGAUGAAAGCACGCAGGAGAGCUAAAAGGCGCCGUGAGGCAGCUCAGUUGAUACGCAGGUUCAUAAAGGGCUUCAUCUGCCGUCACGAGGAGUACUGUGACGACAAUGAUUACUUCCUGGAUCAUGUGCGCUGCUACUUCCUGAAACAUCUGAAGAAAACUCUCCCCCGGAGCGUUUUGGACAAGAGCUGGCCGACACCUCCUGCCCUGCUUGUCGAGGCCUCUGAGCAUCUCCAAAUGCUUCACAUGCGGAACAUGGUCAUCAAGUACUGCAGGAGAGUUCAGCCUGAAUGGAAGAAGCAGAUGAUGCAGAAGGUUGUAGCCAGUGAGAUCUUCAAGGAUCAGAAGGGCAGCUAUCCUCACAGUGUUGGGAGGCUGUUUUUGGACACCAGGCUCGAGCGAGAGCAAGUCAGCCUAAAAGUCCUCCAGACUCUCGGGAGUGAAAAAGUGCAGUAUGGAGUCGCCGUCAUAAAGUACGACAGGAGGGGCUUCAAGCCCCGCCCCCGUCAGUUGCUCCUCACCAACUCCUUCGCAGUGCUGGUGGACCGGACCAAGAUCAAGCAGAGGUUGGACUACGCCGCUCUGAGAGGGAUCUCUGUGAGCUCUCUCUGCGACGGGAUGGUUGUUCUCCACAUGCCGUGGGAGGAUAACAAGCAGAAGGGCGACGCUGUGCUGCACUGCAGCCAUGUGAUCGAACUGGUGACCAAACUGGCCAUGAUGGCCAGCAAGACCAACUACGUCAACAUCAACCCCGGCUGCAUUCGGUUUGGCGUGUCCAGAACCAAGGAGGGGAUAAUAGACUUCGUCAGGGGUUCAGAGUUGAAGGUGUCCAAAGGCAAAAGAGGACAUCUGCUAGUGACCGCCCCUCAGAUCAGCACCACAUGAAGAUCCAGAAAUCAGCAGGAAGAUAGUCAGGAUGGAUGAUGCUGAAGUCGGCAUCAGAUUUGAAGCUUCGUAUUUUGGCACUUAAGGGCUCUUUCACUGCUUUCAGAUAAUCUGCACUGUUUUAAAUCAGCUCUAGCUCAACAUCGACGACACUUUAGCUGCUGCAGCAUUGUUUACUUAUCAUGCCAUGAACAGGUGGAUCUCAGUAAAUUAGAAGAUAAAAAAAAAAAAAGUUGAUUCAACUCUUCAGUUCAACAAGACUGACCACACACAACGACGCAUUCUUAUUCAUUAGGUUAAUUUGAAUAAUUUUUGCUUUUAUGAAAACCUAAAGUUCGGUUUCUCAGAAAAUUGUACUAUUAAUUACAAAAAGGGAUUUUUAAUACAGAAAUGUUAUAGCCCACGCAGUCAUGUGGAUGACUGCUGACUUGGCAGAGGUCCAGCAAACCAUAUUUAAAAACCCCCAGGCUCAGCCACAAAAUGUCAUUCCUGAACAAUCUUGAUAUUUGCAAAGGACGGUUUCCACUCAGUGGAAGGUUAAGUGGAGGAAAAAAGUGACAUGGAAAAAAUUGAGAAGAUUGUGGGACAAAACUCAGGCAAGAGUUUUGGAUUUAAAAAAGUGUAAACGGAGAUUUGAGUUACUGAUUCAAGAACCACUAAACAGAAAUAUCCAGGACAUKAACUAAAAUUGUCCUAUUACUGAUGUUGAGUCUCUCCUUUUCCAGAGACRUUAGAAGAAAUAUGUUUCAUGGGUGGAAAAGAAUAAAUAUUGAACAGAUUUCAACAGUUUAUGAUCUGUGAAACAUUUUUUUUUCUGUUUUUGAAAAGGAGAAAUAAGAAUUACGGUACUCUGUUUUUGAUAUUUAGACAACCUUAGGUGAAAGGUGGUCUAAAUUUUAAAGUGUUCAGAAAUAUGAUUUAUAAAAACAUCUGAACACAAAUUGUUUUAAAGAGUCUGAAUCAGAGCAGAAUAAUUUAGUACAGAUUAAACUUCUCUAAAUGACAGUUUUCAAGAAGAACUCMAUAUAAGAUGGUCUAAGUGCCAACAGAACAAGGUUACACAAAUAAUUGUAAACAAUUUGUAGAACAAUUUGACAAGUGUUUCAGAAUUGAAAGAAUAAAUGUUUCACAAAUCACAAAUUAUUUUUCUGAUCGCCUGAAAUUGGUCUAGAAUAAUCAGGUCUGAACUGAGACCCUAAGUCUGAGCUGCAGCUUCAAGGAUCCAAAUACGGGGAAAACACAGAGGCAGAAGUGAAGCGAAAAGAAAACCAGCAAAAAGCAAUGAAAACCAGUGAGUUCACAUAYUGGGGGAGCAGUGGAGUGUAUGAGUGGUAGUCAAAGAGUAAGGAACGGCURUGGAAGAGAUCAAACAGGCAAACUGAAGGAAGAAGAAGAAGAAUGACACAAAAUGAGAUUAAACUGAGACCCAAAGRAAGUACAAACCCCUGACCAGACAGAAAUACAAGAGAAAUAAAUCCAAAUGCACAAAGAACACAAGAAUUUACAAAGAAAUUAAACACAAUAUGUCAAAUUGAUAGUAACAAUAACAUAUKGCAAGACCUUUUUCUAACAGUAACAAACCCAGAGGUAAUUAGAGAUGUACACAAAGAAAAUCAAAAUUAGUCAUGGGGUAGUACGAGAUUUUCACAAUGAGUAAAAAAUAUCACGUCAUAUUAAAAGUAAAAUGUGUGAUAUCGUAUAAUUGCUUUUAUACGGAAGCAACAAUUAUUUGUGCUGUUGCUAAAUUAACAUUAAAGGUUGUUUUUUCUUAUUUUAAUAAUGUUAUGUGCACCAUUUAUUUAAUGUAAUUUUUAUUUUAAUACUUAAAAAUAUAUGAAAAACAUUGUUGACUUGUAACAGAAAUGCUCCUUAUCACACUCGCKCUAAAAUAUUUUCUCUCACCUUAAUAAAAGUGACGCAAUGCAUCCUCACUGCUGUUUUUGAAAUUAGUUUUCACAAUAUAUAGCAUUUAUCUGUGUCUUUAAAAACCAGAAUUACUUUCAAGCAGCCAAAUUUGCCUUUUCUUGUAAUCAAGAAAGACGUGUGGGAGGGAAGGGUUAACACUUCAAAGCGCUAAAUAAAACUCUGAUAAGUUUCUCUCAUUAAAAGUACCUCCAAACAUAUGUGCAGUUUGAAACGCUUUAAAAUCUAUAUCUUGGUAGCGAUAACUUGCCAAUGCUUUGUUGCAUCAAUAAAUAAUUAAGAUUAACUCUUUUUUUUCUGUAUACACAAAUACAAGUGUCUCAAAUCAGAGCCUUAUGUGUAACAAUUUAACCAAGUUUUGACCGUUUUAAUUGUUUUUAGAUCUUGAACUUGAGCUGAGCAACUUUCGUCUGGAUUUUUUAAAAGCAGUGAAAUGACCCUUUACUCAAACGUCAGGUCAGACGCUAUAACCAAGACUGAAGGACUUUGACUCCAAACAUUUCACAGCUGUUGGUUUGGAGCUGUCUGAAAAUAUGAAACAUGACUUCUUUUAUACCUUGACUUACAGCAACUACUAUUAACUAUUUAAAUGUUAGAAACAUGAAGUCUUCACUGUUUUUCUCAGCUCAUUUAUUGAAACUCUUCAGCAACACUGUUCAGUACAAAAUACUCUCUGUAAAACACUAUUUCUCUGCUCAUGACAUGUUCAAAUAAACCACUUUAAAAAUAAA